ACGUCGUCGUGCACGUCGCGUUCGUCCUCGUGUUCCUUCGAGAGUCCAGUUUCCAUGCGAGUUCGCCGCCGCCCCGACUGACAAUUAAUCUUUGGGAAAACCGGACGGAGAUGCCGUCGAUCAACCGGGCGGACAGGUGUCGCGACGCGGACGCCUGAUCGACAGCGACGGGGAGAAAAACAGCCCUGCGAGCAGUGAUAACCGUGGAAAACAGUGUUCGGGACUCGAGUGGAUAGCCUGAUAUGACAGUGCAGUGACAUCCCCCCCGCUGUUUGUUGUUGGUUUUUACGUUCACGCGAUACGUACGGGCCACGCGUUUUUUUGGCCCUUCGAGACUCCUCCGUCGACGGUAUUCGAGACGACCAGGUGAGACGAGAGUCUCGACCACGGCUGCAAAAUUGAGCUGGACUUGCACCAACGGGCCGCCGGCCACUUCAUGAGAGCCGGCGGUAACAUGUGCGACGGCUCCUUCACGGAGACCCUGCGCGGUAUGCAGGGCAUGUCGGGCACUUCGCCCCCUGGCGGGGGGGGUGUCGGACCCAUGGGGGUUGGCCUCGGUAGCCCCCUCGGUCCAGCCACGAAGAAGGCUCAGGUGGAGCACAUCAAGAGGCCCAUGAACGCCUUCAUGGUUUGGUCCAGGCUCCAGCGACGGAAGAUCGCUCAAGAGAACCCCAAGAUGCACAACAGCGAGAUUUCCAAGAGGCUCGGCGCUGAAUGGAAGCUGCUUACGGAGGACGAGAAACGGCCGUUCAUCGAUCAGGCGAAGAGGUUACGGGCGCAGCACAUGAAGGAGCACCCCGAUUACAAAUACAGGCCCAGAAGAAAGCCGAAAACUUUGCGGAAGGAGGGCUAUCCUUACAGUAUUCCGUACCCCAGUGUGCCUAUGGAUGCGCUUCGAGCCGGAAUGGCUGGCAGUAUGGGACAAGCAGGAAUGGGCUCGUAUUAUGGUCCCGCCGCAGCUUACAGUUCUCUUUCUGCGGCCAGCAUGGCGGCGGCGGCCGCGGCAGCCCAGCAGUCUGCAGCGGCGAUGUCCGCGGGCCUCGCGGCACCUGCUCAGGUGGUGAGCUCGAUGGAUGCGAUGAAGUAUUCCAUGGAAGCGGACAAGUACCGUGCCGCGUACAUGCCGCCCAGCACUCUGACGAUGAGCAUGUACUCCGACCCCAAGUACCUGGACUCCAGUCCUAAAUCGUAUCUGGACCGGAGCUACCUGGACUCGGCGAAGGCGUAUUUCGAGCAGUCGAAGCUCUACAUGGACCAGAAACAGACGAUAGCCGACUACAAUCGACCUAGCUACGAGCACAACAAGCUCUACGAGGAGUCCAGCCCCGGUAGCGUGGUGGGCGGAGGCGGUUCGACGAGGUCGCCGGCGGCAGAAUCGCCCGACAUGAGCAAACAGCACGAGAGGACCGAGCAAGGCUCGUCCAGCGCGAGUUCUACGUCUACUUCCUCGGCAGCGAGUCCCGGGGCGAGUCUACCGGCCUAUUAUCCGGGCCCAGUUCAAAGUAGCGGCCUGCUCGGACCUCAGAUGAGCCAGUACAGCGGCUACCAGACGGCUCCCGCACCUGGAAACGAGUCCUUCCGACGACCGUUGACUGUCAUCUUCUGACCCGACAGAACGUAGCUCUGAUCCAUCUUCGAGGAGCAGUUGCCCUAGGAUCUGGUCCGAAAGCGUCGGCGUUCUGGAGGUGUUUGGGUGUGAAGCGUGUUGGCUGCCACAUCGUUGAAGACCUAGAGGUUGUUCGAUAAAGGAAACAGGGUUUUAAACGGCAAAGAACCGGAAGCUAUCGGAGAGAAGAUGAUCGCGGGGUAGGAGGCUUCCUUGUUCUUGUUCUUGUUCUUGUUUGCGUUUACAACGAGGGAAGCUUUUUUGAAAGUCACGGAGCAGGACGAGGGAAUCCUUGAGGAAUCGGUGUUAGCAGUCUGUGCGUGUCUCGGAACGGUGUGAGAUCUUCUCUAAUGUGGUUAAAUUGCUAAACAGUGGUGCGUACAGUGUCAUCGGAGUAAAGCUGUAACUUGGGGAUUUGAGUCGAAGUCUACACCGAAUCGAGCCAACGAUUUCUAAAAAAAACGACGUGACAGACUUAAACGAAAGCUCUCGUCGCGCGUUAAACCAAAGGAUAUCCCGAAUCCUAACACCGGAAGGAAUGAACACCUCGCGAUUGGGCCACGGCGAUGCGAAAACAGGGCCAGCAACGGUGCACAUCGUUGAAAGUAACAACGAAAUAAAAACUCUCCGUUCUAAUCACCCCCCGGGCGUGGAGUCUGACGCAACGAUUAUUUAUCAGACAUAGGUUUCGUCGCUCGAGGACGAAAUUCGAAAGAGAAUUGUACAUAGUCCCUGUGUAAAUAGCGUAGCAAGGAUUAUUAUCGCGCACGACGCUCGAAAAACGGUUUUCCUCCCUGACCCCCACGUCCCUUUGUAUCCCCGUUCCCUCCAAGUUCGUUCUCGGGAUCUCUCAGCGAUCUUCCAGGUCACCCACGUCGUUCCAGAUAACCUCCUCCUUCGAUCGUACCCUUCGUCCGUAGUCUUAGGCCCCCCGUUCUUCCACCUAAACGACGCGAUCGAGGCGAUCGAACGCCUGCACGUCUUUUGAACCACCUAAACGACGCGAAAAAUUACCAUUUGGCGAUGGAUUUUGUGUUCAUCGAGUCUUUUACAUUAGGGAUGUGUAGCUUGGAACUGUCUAGAAAUGGGCUCUGUUCCAAUUCGCCGAUUUCUUAAUUAUCUGAGCCUGAAUUUAGUGUUCCUAUGAUCAAUUUCAGGUUGUCAAUUAUCUUUUGGGUCAAUUUAUUUUCUCUACUUUCUUUAUCAACAUCGAUUCACCAUGGAUCUCGAAAUUUUCCAGUCUUCUAAAUUUCUUUACAGCCUUAGGUGUGGACCUUAAUAACCUUACGACAUAUACGUGGAUAUUUCUUCACAAUUCCAUUGUACUCUACUGUACAAUGUGCUCCAUCGAAAAUCAAAUAAAAACAAUUCCCAUAAAAUUGACAUUUUCCUCCAGAAUCUGAUAAUCGUUACAAGUAUUUCUUUUUUUUGUUUAACGAGGUUUAGUUAUAAUUGAAAUGACACAAGAGGGACUGUGGCCCCAUGGCGCGAUUUUUUAAGGAUGACAUCUUAUUCGAUCGCGUCGUUUAGGUGAAUAAACGGAUUCAAAAGUCUAACCUCGCGUUCGUGGCGUGUUUGGAACACGAAGUGGUGUUUCUCGCGACCCGGUACCGGAAAGGAGAACGCGUUUUCCGUAAUCGUUGUACAUAGAUUCCCUGGACCCCCGGUUCCCCAGUUCGUCUUUUCCUAACUUUCUUGUUUUUUCGUGCCCUCCUGCCCUUAGAUACGAACACGACGAAGCGUUUGUUCUUCGUUUUAACUCGAGUUAACGGAGUCCUCGUAGCUUAUUUAUUGCCCUCGAAUCUUUUGUACGUUGGUCAUCGAGCGAGUCCCGAAAGCGUGCAAAAGCAAAACCGGUGACGCUAGUAAAACUCGUCCAUCGUCGGAAAACGCGUUUGUAAAAUAUCGUUUUUUCGCACUCCGACUCUUCGUUCUUUCGUUUUUUUUUGUUUGUUCCCCCGUGAACGAAAGUACUCGGUACUUCAGGCGGUUGAUUUUCCUUGUUUUGUUUUUUUCCUUAUUUUUUUUUUUUUGUACGUUCUCUGUUUGAACGAUUCCACGUGAGAGAGAUUUUAUAGAUGUUUCGCGAGAGUGAGAGUGAGAGAUAGAGAGAGAGAGAGAAAGAGAGGAAACGUUGUGAGAAUUUUAGGGAGCUUUUGCGAAACGUUCACACACCCCGCUGUACGACGUGUAACCUUUGUAUUUGUAUCGUUACGAUAAAUCUUAAACUGUACCGAUUAUUCGAGUAUUACAUUUAAAGCGGCAGAAGUAACCUAUAAAUAUUGUACUGUAAGUGA